CGAAAUCAACAAAAUCGAAGAAGUUUGUUGCAUACCCCGAAGCCCCGUAGAACUCCAUUAUCCUCUAAAAGCCUUUUUUCAGACAUUCCAAUGGCGCCCAAGGCAGAGAAGAAGCCCGCAGAGAAGAAGCCAGCAGAGGAGAAGAAGGCCGAGAAGGCUCCAGUUGCAGAGAAGAAACCCAAGGCAGAGAAGAAGCUUCCCAAGGACGCUUCCGCACCGGACAAGAAGAAGAAGCGAACCAAGAAGAGCUCUGAGACCUACAAGAUCUACAUCUUCAAGGUCCUGAAGCAGGUUCACCCCGAUAUCGGURUCUCGAGCAAGGCUAUGGGAAUUAUGAACAGCUUCAUCAACGAUAUCUUUGAGAAGCUUGCUCAGGAGGCUUCCAGGCUUGCUAGGUAUAACAAGAAGCCGACCAUAACCUCUCGGGAAAUUCAGACCGCCGUCCGCCUGGUCUUGCCUGGAGAGCUUGCGAAGCACGCUGUAUCUGAAGGAACCAAGGCUGUUACUAAGUUUACAAGUUCUUAAGUUUUCAUAGAUUAGGUUAUUUUCUCUGAUUGUGUACCUUGGAUCUAUUGGUUGUUUCGUGUUGCUGUUAGGGUUUUUUGAAUGUAAAGAUUGGAUACUUUCUUUAUGUGUAAUUUGUGAGCCCAAUGAACCCAAGAGCUCUGUCAAUGAAAAAGCGCCAAUUUUUCACUUGCAA